AUGGCUAAAACCAGGCCAGGCCUCGCCUCCAGCAACUCCAAACCCAAAGGUACUGCCAGUGCUGCUGGUGGUGGCAAGAAGGAGCUCGACUCCUACACCAUUCGCGGCACCACCAAAGUCGUCAAAGUGGGCGACUGCGUGCUGAUGAGACCUUCCGACACCGGGAAGCCGCCUUACGUUGCCAGAAUCGAGGGCAUCGAUUCCGACUCCAGAAAUAAUGUCAAGGUCCGGGUCAGGUGGUACUACCGCCCUGAGGAGUCUCUCGGAGGCCGCCGUCAGUUCCAUGGCGCCAAAGAGCUCUUUCUCUCCGACCACCACGAUGUCCAGAGCGCACACACCAUCGAGGGGAAAUGUACUGUUCACUCGUUUAAGAACUAUACCAAACUCGAGAAUGUUGGUGCCGAAGACUAUUUCUGCAGGUUCGAGUAUAAGGCUGCUACUGGAGGCUUCACCCCGGACCGUGUUGCUGUGUACUGCAAAUGUGAGAUGCCGUAUAACCCGGAUGACCUUAUGGUCCAAUGCGAGGAGUGCAAGGACUGGUACCAUCCAGCUUGUGUGGGAAUGACAAUUGAGGAAGCUAAGAAAUUGGAUCACUUUGUUUGCUCUGAAUGUUCUCCCGACGACGAUGUCAAAAGACCACAGAAUGGGUUUUCAACAUCACCAACAGCUGAUGUCAAGGUGGAGACUAAGCGGCGGAAGAGAUAA